AUGGAACAAGGUCCACUUUCGAUCUUACUGAUCCUACUCGGUCAACUGCUCGGAAUCCUGCCGCAGCGCUGUUGGCGAGGACCGCCAAGCUACCUCUGCCCGAGUGCUCCCACAACGCUGGAGGUUUACCUUCGCCACGAAACGUACUGCAGCAGGUUCUACAAGUGCAUCGAAGGGGAUGCCGUCGAAGGGAUCUGCCCCCUGCAGGAGUACUUUGAUCCUCUGAGCAACACCUGCCUCGCGGACGAAUCUCUGUGCUCCCGGUCAAAGCCUCGCUCGGUUGACGUUCCGGGGUGUGAAUUCUGUCAGGAGAUCUUUGUGCCGUCGGAACCCGCCGAUCAGUUCUUCGUGUGUCGUUACGACGGGUUUGGACGCGCCGAAAGGUGUCCUCGGGCGGUUGAUUUGUGCACGAAGGUCAACGUGAGUCUGACGUUCGUCGAUGGACGUUGCGAACCGGAACGGUUGGUGGAGACUCCCUUCAGGAUUGCGUCAGCUGCAAGAGCGAUCACGAGUGCACCGUUGGGGUCGGUUACGGAAGCGUUAGACGAGACUACGGAGAUGAUCACAGAAGCAGUUACUUUUGAAACUACUUCUGGUUUAGGAGGGAGUCCUUCUACAACUUCUUCGGAUCCAGUUACAGAUCGGAUCACAGAAGGAUCAAUGACAGAUGCAACUAGUACCAUUUCUGUGACUACAACUACUGCAGAAGAACCACUUGAGACUACAACACAAACUGAAUUGGAGUCUACAGUUGAAUCAACUAUGGAAGUCACUACAGAAUCAACUGACGUUACGGAACCAACUACAGAGAGUGACUUUGAGACGAGUACGAACCCCAAUAAAAUGCCAAUUAUGAUAGUGAUUACAAGAGGACGGGAUACAGCUGAUGCUGAAGAGUUGUCGACAGAUUCCAGACUUGAUUCACCAACCAAUAGGAAAGCUAUGACUGUUCAAAUACCUGGCCUUCCAGAUAUCAGGAUGGUUGUCCGUACCGAUAUCCAGGACUCGCAGAUCAAGAUGAAGGGAACGGGAUUAAAUGUUCUUUAA